AUGAAUUUAUUAAAUUAUGACUUUAUUGCCUAAGAAAAUUUGAAGUUUUUAAAAACAUACAAAUACAAGGGUACAGAUUAAUCGUUGCUGUAUAACUAUGUCCUCUCACCUUUUGCUAAUUGGUGUUUGAAGUAUGUGCCUUUAAAUGUGGCGUAAAAGAAUAUUCUUAAAAAAAAAGUCCUAAUACACUUACCCUGUUGGGACUGAUUUGCAUCAUAAUUUGCCACAUAUUAUUUUAUUUUGUGAUGGGAGACAACUUUUAAGGAACGAUACCAGAUUGGUUAUUGUGGACAACGUUCAUUUUACACAUGAUCUAUAUGGUAAUUAUAAUUUACCUAAAUUAGAAUUUUGAUAAUUUAGAUGGAAAAUAAGCAAGAAGAACAAGUAAUUUAAUUAAUAAAUUGUAUUUGUAGACAAUUCAUCUCCUUUGGGUAUGAUUUUGGAUCAUAAUUUUGAUUCUAUGAUCAUUGCAAUAUAAGGUAAUUUAUGGACGUAAUUUAGGUACAAAUUUCGUCACAUGUCUAUAAUGCGGACAAUCAUUAUUAGCAUUCUUAUUAAUUUGUGUUCCAACUUAUCCAUUCUAUAUCAUAGCCCAUGAAGAAUAUUACACACAUGAAAUGAAUUUACCAAUAAUUAAUGCUGCUGCAGAAGGAACUGUUUUUGUUGGAUCAUUAUUUGCCAUAAAUGCCAUUUUUGGUAUUUUUUAAAUUUUAUUUAUUAUAGGAUGUGAGUUUUGGACCUAGAAAAUACCACAAUUUUAUAAUUUAUAAUUCAACACAGUGGCAAUAAUUAUGUUUUUUUUUGUUGUAGCCUUUGGACUUCCUUUUGUGUAAAUAAAAAUUUAAAUAUUUAUCAAGGUUCAAGAAAAUUACAAAAUUUGUCCCUCUUUCCAAAGCCCUAAAAUCUUAGAGGUAUAUGCUAUUCAUAGGUUUGGUGUUAUUUUAUGUCAUACUCUUUUCUCCAAGCGAUGUUGGUUCCAGACACAUGAGAGCAAUUCUAUAUAUUUUUGGUUUUACAAUGAGUAAAGCUGUGGUAUUUACAUCAUAUUUAUUUAAGGGUAUUGUGGCAGUAUAUCAUGUCAGCAAUUAAGAAUUACCUAAUUAUUUGAAUUCUAUUUAUCUCUUCUGUGUAUUGCUGUUCAAUACGAUAUAUGGACAAUUUUUUGGAAAUUGCUUAAUUGAAGAGGGAUUGUUAUUAUAAAUAACAGCUUUGAUAACUGUUCUUGUACAUAUCCAUUUCUUGUACAAUAUAACUAGAUAAAUUAGCGAAGCUUUGAAAAUUAAAGUAUUUAAAAUCAAUAAAUGA